UCGCUCUAUUUUCCGCAUUUACCCUCCUUAAUAAACUCACUAGAGUAAUCACUACUUAACCAUCUCUCAGCCCCAUGGAGAGCGAAUCGCUGCCGCCAUGGCCGCCGAUCUCUACUCGAUCACUCCCGAGUUGUGUCCACAAACAAUCAAUCCAAUGCAACCUACUGUAGGGGUGGUGCCUUGCGAGAGACGCGCCAGUAGCAGGAGAAACCUUGUUCCAAUGGGGGGAAAACUACCCUCAAUUAUCCUGGCUUCAUUCUUCCUUCUUCCGCGAUCGUCCUUCAUGCUCCUUAAUCCUUCGUAGCACAGUGUCUGUUGGUCUCCACUCAAAUGCGGGGCGUCACGUUUGCUCGAAAGCUUCUCUGUGUGUUUUGUAUACGCAUAGCUGUGAUCUCACGCUCUUCCAUCUGGCCUCGUUGUCGUCCAUAUGCUGUAGCCGCUGUUGAAGUCCAAACAAGGCUGCUAAUCCACCCGCAAUGCAGCCCUGCCAGCCACCAACAGACUGCCAGAGAGGAGGCGCACCACUGCCGGAUUAACGUGGAUGCGGUCCAUGCGGCGGGGGUGGAGUUGAACAGGCGCAAUCAGCCAGUAACGGCCACGAUAAACAUUUAUCCCGUCCCCCAGAUUUUGGUCAGGGUUCUUUGACAGGCAUUCCCCGCAACAGCUGAAGCAUGGUGGCGCCGCUAUCAUUGAGGGUUGGCAUCUGGUGACUUCAAACCUCCCCAACUUCAAUUUGGGAAUGCUUGCGUGGCCAUGAAUUGAGUCCAGUCGGAGUCGAUGGCACCCUACGAUAAUUCUACCUCUUCUCUCGGAACUCGGUCGGUAGAGGAGAACCGAUCUCAGAUUCGGAUGUGUCUCCAAAUAUACCCAGAGAGACUCACAAAAUUAUAACAUUCUCAACGUCAGGCGCCUUUAGGAGCCGUAGUUUCGUCUCAAUGAUAUUCUGCUCUAUACUAUGACUUCCCUCCAGUGCUCUCGUUAAUGGGUGUCAUUAACCACGGACAACGAGCCGCUGUACCGCAUUCUCCAUCUUAUUCUGGCAACAGUAUACCAAAGAGUGGAUACUCCACCUGUGGAAGACUACUGUUUAUACUUCCAUGCAGAUACUAAAGAUCUUGGUUCUCCAAUACCGGUUAGCAUAGCCCUGACGCGCACCAAAGCGGCGCCAAUAUGGUAACUCUCCUUGACCAACGCGGGGUCGUCAGCGAAUCCGAGCUAUUAAUCCGAAGCGCCCUGUUCUCAAUCUAUAUGUUUCGUACAUCUUGACCUGUUUUUGGAUGAAGCCUCUGACGUCGCGUCUGCAUCCUUGCCAUGCACCUCUUUCUUCCAUACUUCGGCAGAAGCUUUUGUGGGUUUCUAGUCUGCGAAACACAACCUUCCAUCCGCUUUGAUAGGCCACUGUUUAGCUAAGAGCAGGGGUGACGGCCGUAUACAACAAUUAACUUCGCGGAGAUUGAGGGGCGAGAAUGGUUGAGAUGUCUCAUGAUGAACUUUAGAUUGCCAACCAAGCUGGGGAUAUGUCCAUCAUCUUUCAGGCAUUAUGCAUCAGGUAAAAUAGUGACGAUCUAUCAACCGACCCUGCGGCGUUCACGGCCCUGAUGUCCACGUCCGAGCCUUUGCCCAAGGUCAACUCGCUACGAGCUGAUGCUCAGAGAGAUAUAAAGAGAAGAAGAUUUCCCACAAUAUUCUAAUCAUCACCUCACUCAACAACACAUCCACAACCAUCUUUCAAAAUGAUCAGCAAGCUUGCCCUCGCCACCUUCACUCUUCUGGCCGCCGUCAGCGGCCAGCAAGUUGGUACUCUCGAAGCUGAGACUCACCCUUCCAUGUCUAUGCAGACUUGCACCAGCGGAGGAGCUUGCACCAAGAAGGACACCAAGAUCGUUCUUGAUUCCAACUGGAGAUGGCUGCACUCUACUGACGGCUACACCAACUGCUACACCGGCAACGAGUGGGACGCAACUCUGUGCCCAGACCCAGAGACUUGCGCCACCAACUGCGCUCUCGACGGUGCUGACUACGAGGGUGUUUACGGUAUCAAGGCUGGCGGCGAUUCGCUGACCCUCACAUUCGUCACUGGUGCCAACGUUGGAUCGCGUGUCUACCUUUUGGCAGAUGACAGCACCUACCAGGGCUUCAACCUGAAGAACAACGAGUUCACCUUCGAUGUUGACAUGUCCAACCUCCCCUGCGGACUCAACGGUGCCCUCUACUUCUCCCAGAUGGACCUUGACGGUGGAUUGGCCAACCACGCUGGCAACAAGGCCGGUGCCGCGUACGGAACCGGAUACUGUGAUGCUCAGUGCCCCCACGACAUGAAGUUCAUCAAUGGCGAGGCCAACACCAUUGACUGGACCCCAUCUGACAGCGACAUCAACGCUGGCAGCGGAAAGUUCGGAACCUGCUGCACAGAGAUGGACAUCUGGGAGGCUAACCAGGCCGCCUCCGCCUACACCCCCCACGCAUGCAAGGGCCAAGGCCUCACCCGCUGCGAGGGAACCGACUGUGGUGAUGGAGAUGACCGCUACUCCGGCGUCUGCGACAAGGACGGAUGUGACUUCAACAGCUACCGCAUGGGCGACCCAUCCUUCCUCGGUGUCGGCAGGACCGUCGACACCUCCAAGGUCAUCACCGUGAUCACCCAGUUCGUGACCGCCGACGGCACCGAGUCCGGCGCUCUCACCUCCAUCAAGCGCAUCUACGUCCAGGGCGGCAAGACCAUCGCCAACUCCGAGAGCAAGAUCGAUGGCGUUGACGCCACCAACGAGAUCACCGAUGCCUUCUGCGACCAGCAGAAGACUGCCUUCUCCGACAACAACUACUUCAAGACCCUCGGCGGCAUGUCUGGCUUCAGCACCGCCCUCGACUCCCCCAUGGUCCUCUCCAUGUCCAUCUGGGACGACCACGCAGCCUCCAUGAACUGGCUCGACUCCACCUACCCCGUCGGCGGCACCGCCCCUGGCAACCUCCGUGGUGACUGCGCCGCUACUGAUGGCGACCCAGCUACCGUAGAGGCCGCCCACCCAGGCGCCACCGUCACCUUCUCCAACAUCAAGUUCGGUCCCAUUGGCUCGACCUUCGAUGCUGGCGCAACCGCAUAAAUCAUAGAUUAGAUGAAUGGGUUAGAUGGCUGGGUGCUCAAAUUCGUACCUGUACAAAUUUUUAUUUCUGGGGAAGACACUGCUGUACAUAGAACUUGGUGUAGAAAGGGAAACUAUAUAAAGAGUGG